GAGUGGAAUAAAAAUAUUUUUUGUGAUUUCGCACAUCUCAUUAUCUUUUUUAUUCUUUUUUAAUAAAUCUUGCAUUUUAAAAGUGUUUUUAAUCUUUUAUCCAUCACCUUGAUUUCUUGUGAGAUAAGAUAAAAAAUAGAUAACAAUUUAAUGAAUCUCUAGAAUGCUCAAAAUCAACGAUAAAGUUUCGUGACGAGUUUUAGAAGUGCUUUGACAAUCUUUGUGCCUUAACCAAUUUUUGUAUUUUUUAAAUUAAUUAAUAAAUCUUAAAGUGUCAAAACGUUCUAGACUUCAAAAUGCUCCAAGCACCAGCUGUUGAGAAAGAUACUUUGUUAGCAAAGAAUGAAAUUCCUAUCAUUGACGUCUCAUUUGGCACUGAAGAAUUACCGGUGAGGUCGGUAGUGAAUCGUGUCGCCGUUCAACUCGCAAAAGCAUUGGAAAACAAAGGAAUGGCUUUGUUAGUAAAUCACGGCAUUUCCGAAGAAAAGUUGAAAACUGGGUAUUCACAUUUGGAUGACUUUUGUAAGCUGCCAGAAGAUACAAAAGAAUUGUACUUAAGAGAUGGUACGACAGGAAAUCAUGGAUACGUAAAGCCAGGUCAAGAGCGAUUUGAUGGAAAUACGAAAGACAUUCGCCAUGCUUACAAUAUUUGUACACUUAACUUGAAACUUCCUGAAGAGCCAUUGCCAGGAUUCCGCGAACACAUUGCUGAACUUGCCAAAGACUUCAAACGUUUAACUGGUUUAAUAUUACAAGCAUUGGCUGUGGCGCUUGAAAUGCCAUUAAACUUCUUCGUCGAUAAACAUUCGCACAUGCUUGAUGGUGAAGGAGAAAACGAGACAACAUUUCGAUUGCUUUAUUAUCCACCGGUGAUUGUCGACGAUGAACAGAAUGAAUACUUUUCAAAAGGUUCUUCAACAUACUCACAUCAAAAGAUGAGCUUCGAUGAAUCGAAACUUGGUUCUUUGGAUUUGAAAGAUGAUGAAUUAGAGGAAACGCGCAUUAACAAAACUGAUGUGAAUAAAAGUGUCACACGUUGUGGAGAGCAUUGUGAUUACGGGACAUUUACGCUUUUAGUGCAGGAUUCUGAAGGAGGUUUGGAAGUUCAAUUGCCUGGCAGUGAGAAAUGGCGUAGAAUUGGACAUUUACCUGGAGCAGUUUUCAUCAAUGCCGGUGAAUUGUUGUCAAUUUGGACUCAAGGAAAAUAUCCAGCGCUUCGUCAUCGUGUUGUGAUUCCUGAGAAUUCAGUUGCACGAACAAAGGGACGACAUUCGAUUGCAUACUUUGUUCAUCCUGACAAUUUAACGCCAAUCAUACCAAUUGAAGUUGGUCCACCACCGUCCACAACUGGUGACACUUCUGGAACCAAACCGAAGACAAGAAAGCAGUCAUUUAAGGAAGCAAAGUUGAAAAUUUACAACGCUUAUCAACACGUUCAACGACGCUUCAAAGAAACUUACGCAUCAUAACAAGGAGAUAUUAGCGCCAGUCUACAUUUUUAACACUUAAUAUUGUUGCGAAUAUUUUUUUUUCAAUUUCUAAUAAAAUUUUCUUUCAAUUUUUUUUCGAAUCUAAUUAAAA